CUGGGUGUGGCCCCACGUGUGAGGGAGUGUGUGUUGUCCCCGUGCUGAGGACAGCAGGGAGUCCACAGAGAGCCGAGGAUGCGAGAUUUGGCAGCAGCUCGUCCUAACUGAUGCUGGGCCAGCCCAGGUCCUGAGACGGGUGUUGUGGAAAGGGACACAAGCACCUGGCCUGAGCAGGGUGAGAGCAGCCCCCGCUCAGACAAGCCCAGGCCCUCUGAGUCCACAGCUCAGACACGCGGCAGAAUGCCGAGGCAGGGAGCGGUCCAAGGGGCUGGCCAAGGAUGGAAGCCAACCUGCCAGCCAGCCGGACAGCACAUCGCUGCUCCCUCUUCCGACAGCCCUGGGCUCUAAGGAGACAGCUUUCUACCCAGGAAUGCUGUCACUCGCCCAUGCAGUGCCAGUCAGCAUCUAUGCGUGUUCUCUGCCAAGCUCACAGGGGCGCGUUUCCUGAGAAGAGCGCCGGCCAGGGCACAGCUUCCCCAUACUCAGGGCCCAGCCAGGGGCCACUGCUGAGCCUGGCCCCCACGAGGCAUGCUCCGGUGCGUGUCAGGCCAAGGGGCGUGCCCCCCCCCCGCCUCCCCCACACAGCUGGCAGCCUCACGGGCACACCGGGAGUGGCGCUUCCUGGGCUAGAGACAAGCACCAGCCUGCAGUGGGGAGCUCGAGGCCCAGCUGCCCGGAGGAGCGGCACGGCCCAUGGGACUGGCCGGGAAGGUCCUUAGUCUUCCCUCUCCUGGUGCCUGAGAGCUCUGCCCACUGAAGGGUAAGGAGCCAGGAAGAAGAGGAGGCAAGGAAGGCAGCCCGCGGCAGGCACCAUGUUCCGCAAGAAAAAGAAGAAACGCCCGGAGAUCUCAGCCCCACAGAACUUCCAGCACCGCGUCCACACCUCCUUUGACCCUAAAGAAGGCAAGUUUGUGGGCCUCCCCCCUCAAUGGCAGAACAUCCUGGACACUCUCCGACGCCCCAAGCCCGUGGUGGACCCCUCGCGCAUUACGCGGGUGCAGCUCCAGCCCAUGAAGACUGUGGUGCGGGGCAGCUCUGUGCCCACGGACGGCUACAUCUCGGGGCUGCUCAACGACAUCCAGAAGCUGUCAGUCAUCAGCUCCAACACCCUUCGCGGGCACAGCCCCACCAACCGGCGGCGGGCACAGUCCCUGGGGCUGCUGGGGGAGGAGCACUGGACUGCCGACCCGGACAUGUACCUGCAGAGCCCCCAGUCUGAGCGCACUGACCUCUACCUCAGCUGCAAUGGGGGUGCACCGGCAGGCCGCCGGCAGGCGCCAUGGCCAGAACCGCAGAGCCCACGGGUCCCGCCCAAUGGGCUGGCCACCAAGGCACAGUCCCUGGGCCCCUCCGAGUUCCAGGGUGCCACACAGCGCUGCCUGCAGCUGGGUGCCUGCCUGCAGAGCACCCCACCCGGCACUUCGCCCCCGGCAGCCCCGGGGAGGCGCGGGGCCAAAGCCGUCAGGCACGGCUCUGAGGAGGCCCGGCCACAGUCCUGCCUGGUGGGCUCUGCCGCGGGCAGGCCGGGCGGGGAGGGCAGCCCCAGCCCUAAGACUCAGGAGAGCAGCUUGAAGCACAGGCUGUUCCGGAGCAUGUUCCUGUCAACUCCUGCCACAGCCCCUCCGAGCAGCAGCCAGCCCGGCCCCACACCGCAGAGCAAGCCCAACUCCUCAUUCCGGCCACCACAGAAAGACUCCCCCGCAAGCCUGGUGGCCAAGGCCCAGUCCUUGCCCGCAGACCAGCCCAUGGGGACCUUCAGCCCUCUGACCACCUCAGAUACCAGCAGCCCCCAGAAGUCCCUCCGCACAGCCCCAGCCGCUGGCCCUCCUCCAGGCCGGUCUUCCCCUGCUGGUUCUCCCCGCACCCGGCACGCCCAGAUCAGCACCAGCAACCUGUACCUGCCCCAGGACCCCGCAGUAGCCAAGGGUGCCCUGGCCAGUGAGGACACGGGCAUCGUGACGCACGAGCAGUUCAAGGCUGCACUCAGGAUGGUGGUGGACCAGGGCGACCCCCGGCUGCUGCUGGACAGCUACGUGAAGAUUGGCGAGGGCUCCACGGGCAUCGUCUGCCUGGCGCGGGAGAAGCACUCGGGCCGCCAGGUGGCCGUCAAGAUGAUGGACCUCAGGAAGCAGCAGCGCAGGGAGCUGCUCUUUAAUGAGGUGGUGAUCAUGCGGGACUACCAGCACCUCAACGUGGUGGAGAUGUACAAGAGCUACCUGGUGGGCGAGGAGCUGUGGGUGCUCAUGGAGUUCCUGCAGGGCGGGGCCCUCACGGACAUCAUCUCCCAAGUCAGGCUGAACGAGGAGCAGAUCGCCACCGUGUGCGAGGCCGUGCUGCAGGCCCUGGCGUACCUGCACGCCCAGGGCGUCAUACACCGGGACAUCAAGAGCGACUCCAUCCUGCUGACCCUGGAUGGCAGGGUGAAACUGUCAGACUUCGGAUUCUGUGCUCAGAUCAGCAAAGACGUCCCUAAGAGGAAGUCCCUGGUGGGAACGCCCUACUGGAUGGCCCCUGAAGUGAUCUCCAGGUCUCUGUACGCCACCGAGGUGGAUAUCUGGUCUCUGGGCAUCAUGGUGAUUGAGAUGGUGGAUGGAGAGCCACCCUACUUCAGCGACUCCCCAGUGCAAGCGAUGAAGAGGCUCCGGGACAGCUCCCCGCCCAAGCUGAAAAAUUCCCACAAGGUUUCCCCAGUGCUGCGAGACUUCCUGGAACGGAUGCUGGUGCGGGACCCCCAGGAGAGAGCCACAGCCCAGGAGCUCCUGGACCAUCCCUUCCUGCUGCAGACUGGGCUCCCCGAGUGCCUGGUCCCCCUGAUCCAGCUCUACCGCAAGCCGACCUCCACCUGCUGAGCCCACCCGAGUGCGCCUGCCGCCUGUGCCCACAGGCAGGGGACACGGGGCAGCCAACUCGCCGCCAGGGCCUGCUUGCCUCAUUCUCUCAGUAUUCUCUCCAAAGAUUGAAUGUGAAACUCCCCCCUUCCUGCCCCUCUGCCCACUGGGCCAGGCCGGACCUGCCCCUUAGUCUCUUCCCCUCCCAAGAGAGUCCCCAGUUGCCUUUGGGAUGAUGGAGACCCCUUUUUCAGAAUGACCCUUUGUUAUUUGCACAGGGAUAUUUCUAAGAAACACGGAGACCAGCACUUCUGGCCACGACAGCCAACACAGCAGAAAAGGCUGCUGCGUGUGUUUUUUUUAAGGCAGCAUCCCAGGCCACCCACGAGGGCAGCGUGCCUGUCUUUACCAGGCUACUUGCUGUUCUCAGCUCCAGUUCCUAACCCUGAUGUUUCGAGAGGGCCAUGGGGGAGGUUUUUAUUGCCUAAGUCUAUCUAUCUUCCCUGUGUCUGACUUCCUGAAGGCACAGUCCCACCUGCACCUGCUUCCCGACCCGCCUGCACUGCCAACACACAGCACUGUCAUGCACAGCCUGCUCCGAACUGGGAACAGCCUGCCUGUGGGCCAGGGGAGCAGAAGGGACAUUUUCUGGGUGAAAGAGAGAGACUGGGGUUGGUGGUAAAGGUGGUGUCACUUUACAGGAUGCAAGUGCUCGUGUGUGUGUGUGUGUGUGUGUGUGUGUGUGUGUGUGUGUGUGUGUGAAGGUCACCCCGACAGCCUGGCUCCUUCAGUAAGGCUUCCUCAUCCUCCUUCCCACUGAGUUCUGCUCUGAAGAGACCUGCUUCCUUGGCAUGGCUUCCCACCCCUUACGUCCUGUGUCUCUGCCUGACCAGAGAAGAGGUUUGCAUUGCGGCCGACACAUCCGGAGGGCUGGGCGGCUUUCUGAGUUUCUCCCGUACUGUGGA